GGCGGAAAAGUUUCUCUGUGUGCGAUCGGGCUCUCGGACUCCGCUCGGACUGCCUGUACCGUGGCUGCCGGUCCUCCGCUCCUGGCUCUCCCGCUGUGGACGGGCAUGCGAGGCCUUCCGUGCCGGGACUGAGCGGCCAGGAGCACGAGGCGGCGAUCGGUGUGUCCAGCCCGGUCUGGGAGUCGGUGCUUUUGGGGGUGCGCGAGACUGCAGAGCUCGGGGCCGAGCCGGAGGCGGCGGGGCGCGCGGCGAUGAGUGCUCCCGGGCUCCGAGCGGCCGCGACGGCGCUGGGGCUGCUGCUGUGCGCGGGGCUGGGACGCACGGGCCCGGCAGGGAGCGGAGGCCACGGGGCGCCCGGGCAGCUCUCGGACGACGCUGUGCAGCGCCCGUGCCCAGCCGUCUGCCACUGCCUCGGGGACCUGUUGGACUGCAGCCGGAGGCGGCUGGUUCGCCUUCCCGACCCUCUCCCGGCCUGGGUCACACGGCUGGACCUGAGUCACAACAAAUUAUCUUUUAUCCAGACGAGUUCCUUGAGCCACCUUCAAAGCCUUCAAGAAGUGAAGCUGAACAACAAUGAAUUAGAGACCAUUCCGAACCUGGGACCAAUCUCUGCAAAUAUUAGACAGCUAUCUUUGGCUGGGAACACCAUCGACAAAAUCCUCCCUGAACAGCUGGAAGCCUUUCAGUCCCUUGAGACUUUGGACCUGAGCAACAACAAUAUUUCAGAACUUAGAACUGCAUUUCCACCCUUACAACUCAAGUAUCUGUAUAUCAAUAGCAACCGAGUAACGUCCAUGGAACCAGGUUAUUUUGACAAUUUGGCGAGCACACUUCUGGUGCUGAAACUUAACAGGAACCGGAUUUCAGCCAUCCCGCCCAAGAUGUUUAAAUUGCCUCAGCUGCAGCACCUAGAGCUGAACAGAAACAAGAUUAAGAACGUGGACGGUCUCACCUUCCAAGGGCUUGGUGCACUGAAGUCUCUGAAAAUGCAACGAAACGGACUGACUAAGCUGAGGGAUGGUGCCUUUUGGGGUCUGAGCAACAUGGAGAUCCUGCAGCUGGACCAUAACAACCUAACCGAGAUCACCAAAGGCUGGCUCUAUGGCUUAUUGAUGCUGCGGGAACUUCAUCUGAGCCAGAAUGCCAUCAGCAGGAUCAGCCCGGAUGCCUGGGAGUUCUGCCAGAAACUCAGUGAGCUAGACCUGACUUUCAACCACUUAUCGAGGCUAGAUGAUUCCAGCUUCGUUGGCCUAAGCCUACUAAAUGCCCUCCACAUUGGGAAUAACAAAGUCAGCUACAUUGCUGAUUGUGCCUUCCGGGGGCUUUCCAGUUUAAAGACUUUGGAUCUGAGGAACAAUGAAAUUUCAUGGACCAUUGAAGACAUGAAUGGAGCAUUCUCUGGCCUGGACAAAUUGAGGCAACUAAUUCUCCAGGGAAACCGGAUUCGAUCUAUUACCAAAAAGGCCUUCACUGGUUUGGACACAUUGGAACACCUUGACCUGAGUGGCAAUGCAAUCAUGUCUCUGCAAAGCAACGCGUUUUCCCAAAUGAAGAAACUUCAGCAACUGCAUUUAAACACUUCGAGCCUUUUGUGUGAUUGCCAGCUAAAAUGGCUCCCGCAGUGGGUGGCAGAGAACAACUUUCAGAGCUUCGUAAAUGCCAGUUGUGCCCACCCUCAGCUGCUGAAAGGGAGAAGCAUUUUUACCGUCAGCCCAGAUGGCUUUGUGUGUGAUGAUUUUCCCAAACCCCAGAUCACAGUCCAGCCGGAAACGCAGUCGGCAAUAAAGGGCUCCGACGUGAGUUUUACCUGCUCGGCUGCUAGCAGCAGCGACUCCCCUAUGACGUUCGCUUGGAAGAAGGACAACGAGGCACUUCAGGACGCUGAAAUGGAGAACUAUGCGCACCUCCGGGCCCAGGGAGGAGAGCUGAUGGAGUACACCACCAUCCUGAGGCUGCGCAAUGUGGAAUUCACCAGCGAGGGGAAGUACCAGUGUGUCAUCUCCAACCACUUCGGUUCGUCGUACUCCAUGAAAGCCAAGCUCACCAUCAGCAUGUUGCCUUCCUUUACCAAGACCCCCAUGGACCUCACCAUCCGUGCUGGGGCCAUGGCCCGCCUGGAGUGUGCUGCUGUGGGACACCCGGCCCCACAGAUAGCCUGGCAGAAGGAUGGAGGCACAGACUUCCCUGCUGCCCGGGAGAGACGUAUGCAUGUGAUGCCUGAGGAUGAUGUCUUCUUCAUAGUGGACGUGAAGAUCGAGGACAUCGGGGUAUACAGCUGCACAGCUCAAAACAGCGCCGGGAGCGUCUCUGCAAAUGCAACCCUGACUGUGCUAGAGACACCGUCAUUUUUGCGGCCCCUGUUAGACAGAACUGUCACCAAGGGAGAAACGGCGGUCCUGCAGUGCAUCGCUGGAGGAAGCCCGCCCCCUCGGCUGAACUGGACAAAAGAUGACAGCCCUUUGGUGGUGACGGAGAGGCACUUUUUCGCAGCAGGCAACCAGCUGCUGAUCAUCGUGGACUCAGAUGUCAGUGACGCUGGGAAAUACACCUGUGAGAUGUCCAAUACCCUUGGCACCGAGAGAGGCAACAUUCGUCUCAGUGUGAUCCCGACUCCGACCUGUGGCUCCCCUCACAUGACUGCUCCUUCGCUGGAUGGUGACGGAUGGGCCACCGUGGGCGUGGUGAUCAUAGCCGUGGUUUGCUGUGUGGUGGGCACGUCCCUCGUGUGGGUGGUCAUCAUAUACCACACACGGCGGAAGAACGAAGACUGCAGCAUUACCAACACAGAUGAGACCAACUUGCCAGCCGAUAUCCCCAGUUAUUUAUCAUCUCAGGGAACAUUAGCUGACAGACAGGAUGGGUACAUCUCCUCAGAAAGCGGAAGUCACCACCAGUUCGUUACCUCUUCAGGAGGCGGAUUUUUCUUACCCCAACAUGAUGGUGCUGGGACCUGCCAUUUUGACGACAGCAGUGAAGUUGAUGUGGAAACCGCCCCUGAUCCGUUCCUCUGCCCAUUCGUGGGCUCCGCAGGCCCUGUGUAUCUGAAGGGGAAUCUAUAUGGCCCCGAUCCAUUUGAAGUUUAUCUUCCAGGUUGCAGUUCUGACCCGAGGAUGGCUUUAAUGGACCACUGUGAAUCCAGCUACACGAAGAAGGACUGCUUCUCAUGUGCUCAUCCCUCAGAGGAACCCUGUGAACGGACCCUCAAGAGCAUCCCGUGGCCACAUUCCAGAAAGCUCAUGAACUCCACGUACUCUCAGAACGAGGGAUAUUCAAUUCAGACUCUGUGUCUAAACAAGUCCUCCGUGGAUUUCAAUACAAGUCUGGAACCAGGAUCGGUUACUUCAAGUAACUCUUUCAUGGGAACUUUCGGAAAACCUCUGAGGAGACCGCAUCUGGAUGCCUUUUCAAGCUUCGCACAACCACCGGACUGUCAGCCAAGGCCCUGUCACGGGAAAUCACUUUCCUCUCCAGAGUUGGACUCUGAGUCAGAAGAAGAUGAAAAAGAAAGGACAGAUUUUCAGGAAGAAAAUCACAGGUGUACUUAUCAACAGAUAUUCCACACUUACAGGACUCCAGACCACCAGCCUUGUGAUUCAGACACAUAGACUGGAAGGGACCAAGGAAAAGCUUCCACUUACUACCUCAGCCGGGUUUCUAUUUAAAAGAGACAAAAUCCUAUGUUUUUAAACAGACUUACAAAGUUUAAAAAGGAAAAAAAAAGAUGCUUUAUUUAUAUAGAUGAACCAGAAUUACAAAACAUAAAAAUUUUAUACCUGGGAAAUAACUUUCAUAUAAAAAAAUAUGUCUUUAAAAGUAUUUUAUAACUUUGUUUUAUAUGAAAAUAUCGUAUGUAAAUUAAUGGUAUGAAACCCAUGCCUAUUUUAUGUAUUUUUUAUAAAGCCAGAUUUCUUUUUAUUGAGCAUGAGGACUGAAGCCUUUUCAAUAAUCCCGUCUUAACACGCUUUUCUGAGUAGCGGUCACUGGCUCCCUGCUAUUCUGCAUAUUGCGUUAAUAAAAUGUGCCAUUUGGUGCCA